AGAGAGAAAGGCGUAAGGAGAUUGGAAGGGUGUUUGGCUGCGACUCGGCAGCAAUGUGAGUGGCUGAGAGAGCCGGUCGACUGAGGAAAGAGCAGCAUUAAUAUGAAAUUAUUAAACACCUUUUCUGGAUUUUAAGAAACCCUUAUGCUUUAUGUCUCAGCGGAGCUUGCUGGGAAGCUGAUGAUGAUAAUUCAAGAGGGAUGUUUUCGGCAGAUUGAGUCUGAUCAGAGGUGCAAAGGCUCAGUCUUUUUUUUAUCGGGGGAGGUGUUUUCUGUCUCCGUGAAGUGCUGAAUGACGUGUGUAUUCGCUUUGUGAUGGUAGAGGUGUCUGCUUCUGCGGUAGUGCUGGGGAGGGGUUUGAUGGACGCUUCGCCUUGUUCUCCGUGCUGUCUUAACCACCGGCACGAUGCAGCGAGGUUUUGUGACAGAGGCAAGUCUAGUUAGCUGAGGCACUUGAGGGAGGAACACCAGCCCCUCACCCUUAACCCCUUCCUCCUCUUCCCCCUCGAGGAGCCAUGGCGCCUCGUAAACGGGCUGGUGGAGGUCGUGGCGUGUCCUUUAUUUUCUGUUGCUUCCAGAGCAAUGACCACCCGGAAAUCACUUACCGGCUACGGGAGGACUUUGUCCUCCAGACCAUGGAGCCCACGCUCCCAAUUCCAAGCUAUGACGAGCUGGAUGGCAUGUUCUCUGAGCUUGUGGAUGAGCUGGACCUCACAGAGAAGCACAGAGAGGCCAUGUUUGCAUUGCCUGCAGAAAAGAAAUGGCAAAUCUACUGCAGCAAAAAGAAGGAACAAGAGGAGAAUAAAGGUGCUACUAGCUGGCCAGAGUACUACAUCGACCAGCUCAAUUCAAUGGCAGCUAGGAAGACUCUUCUGGCUUUGGAGAAAGAAGAGGAAGAGGAACGAAACAAAACCAUAGAAAGUCUCAAAACUGCACUUCGGACACAGCCUAUGAGGUUUGUCACUCGUUUUAUAGACCUGGAUGGUCUUACCUGCAUCCUGAACUUCCUGAAGAGUAUGGACUAUGAGACCACAGAGUCCCAAAUUCACACGUCACUCAUUGGCUGCAUCAAAGCUCUGAUGAACAACACGCAGGGCCGAACUCAUGUUCUUUCUCACCCCGAGAGCAUUAACAUCAUAGCCCAGAGCCUGGCCACUGAGAAUGUCAAGACCAAGGUAGCUGUACUUGAGAUCAUGGGAGCUGUAUGUCUUGUGCCCGGAGGUCAUAAGAAAGUUUUGGAGGCAAUGCUGCACUACCAGAAGUUUGCUUGUGAACGAACACGGUUUCAGAUGCUUCUUAACGAUCUGGACCGAAGCACAGGCCGGUACAGGGAUGAGGUUAGCUUGAAAACGGCCAUCAUGUCCUUUAUUAAUGCUGUUCUGAGCCAGGGUGCUGGAGAGACAAGUCUUGAGUUCAGGGUGCAUUUGAGAUACGAGUUCCUAAUGUUGGGAAUUCAGCCCAUCAUCGAUAAACUCAGGUCGCAUGAAAACUCCACAUUAGACCGGCAUUUGGAUUACUUUGAAAUGCUGAGAAAUGAUGACGAAUUGACUUUAUCCAGACGCUUCGAGAGUGUACAUGUAGACACUAAAAGUGCAAGCCAGGUGUUUGACCACAUACGCAAGAAGAUGACUCACACAGAUGCAUAUCCACACUUUAUGUCCAUACUGCACCACUGCCUGCUCAUGCCAUAUAAAAGGAGCGGGAACACGGUGCAGUACUGGUUGCUUCUUGAUCGCAUUGUUCAACAGAUGGUCCUCCAGAAUGACAAAGGUCAUGACCCUGAUGUCACGCCUUUAGAAAACUUUAAUGUCAAAAAUGUGGUUAGAAUGCUUGUCAAUGAGAAUGAGGUCAAACAGUGGAAAGAGCAGGCUGAAAAGAUGCGGAAAGACCAUCACGAGCUACAGCAGAAGUUAGAGAAGAAGGAGCGAGAGUGUGAUGCCAAAUCCCAAGAGAAAGAUGAAAUGAUGCAGACACUCAACAAGAUGAAGGAGAAGCUUGAGAAAGAGACGGGAGAACAUCGACUGGUUAAGCAGCAAGUGGCAGAGCUUAGUGCCCGUCUGCAUGAUCUCAGCACGAGGCAAGUAGCUACUGUACCUGGUGGUCCCCCUGUCAUCCCUGGACCCCCCGGUGGACCUCUCUCCCCUCCACUUUUACCUCCACCCCCAGGAGGAAUGAUGCCACCUCCUCCACCACCUCCUCCUUCUGGUGCCAUGAUGCCCCCACCACCACCGCCUCCACCUGGCGGCCCUCCACCUCUCCCUGGACGCCCUGCUCUGGGUGGCCCACCGCCUCCUCCAGGAGCUCCUGUAGGCCCAGCUCUCAAGAAGAAGAAUAUUCCCCAGCCAUCAAAUCCACUGAAAUCCUUCAAUUGGUCCAAGCUGUCUGAGAAUAAGUUGGAGAACACAGUGUGGACUGAAGUUGAUGACAGCAGGGUUUUUAAAAUCUUAGACCUGGAAGACAUUGAGAAGACCUUCUCAGCAUACCAGAGACAACAGGACUUCUUUAUGGUCAAUAACAGCAAACAGAAAGAGGCCGAGGACGACACUCUGAGCUCAAAGAAGGUCAAAGAGCUCUCGGUCAUAGACGGUCGACGGGCACAAAACUGCAAUAUCCUGCUCUCACGCUUGAAACUCUCAAAUGAGGAAAUGAAGAGGGCCAUCAUGACUAUGGAUGAACAGGAAGAUCUGCCUAAGGACAUGCUGGAGCAGAUGUUGAAGUUUAUCCCAGAGAAGAGUGAUGUAGAUCUGCUGGAGGAGCACAAACAUGAACUAGAUCGGAUGGCCAAGGCAGAUCGUUUUCUCUAUGAGAUGAGCAGAAUAAACCAUUACCAGCAGAGGUUACAGUCUCUGUACUUCAAGAAAAAGUUUGCAGAGAGAAUUGCAGAAAUAAAGCCCAAAGUUGAAGCCUUAAUUCAAGCCUCCAAAGAGGUGCUGCAGAGCCGAAACCUUAAGCAGCUCCUCGAAGUGGUUCUAGCAUUUGGAAACUACAUGAACAAGGGGCAGAGAGGAAAUGCUUACGGUUUUAAAGUGUCCUCGCUCAACAAGAUCGCCGAUACCAAGUCUAGCAUUGACAAGAACAUCACUCUUUUACACUACCUGAUCACCAUCCUAGAAAAGAAGUACCCAAAAGUUGUGCAGUUCCAAGAGGACCUCCAGAAUGUUCCAGAAGCCGCUAAAGUCAAUAUGACAGAACUGGAGAAGGAGAUCAACAACCUGCGCAGUGGUUUAAAGAAUGUGGAAAGUGAGCUGGAAUUCCAGAAAAAGCGUCCACAGGAGGUUGGAGAUAAGUUUGUGCCUGUUGUCAGCCAGUUUGUUACGCUCGCCAGUUUCAGCUUUUCGGAUGUAGAAGACUCCCUUAAUGAAGCCAAGGAACUGUUCGAUAAAGCGGUGAAGCGCUUCGGAGAAGAAGCUGGGAAGAUGCAACCGGACGAGUUCUUCGGCAUCUUCGACCAGUUCCUGCAAGCCUUCGCGGAGGCUCGGCAGGAGAACGAGAACAUGCGCCGACGCAAAGAAGAGGAGGAGCGCCGGGCACGCAUGGAGGCGCAGUUAAAGGAGCAGCGGGAAAAGGAAAGAAAAGCCCGGAAGGCGAAAGAGAACGGAGAGGACAACGGGGGCGAGUUUGAUGACCUGGUGUCAGCACUGCGCUCCGGUGAGGUGUUCGAUAAGGACCUAUCCAAGAUGAAGCGGAAUCGCAAACGCAUCAACAGCCAAACCACAGAAACAGGCAGAGAGCGUCCCAUCACUAAACUCAACUUCUGAGAUAUUCCGCAAUGCUUAACCUUCUCAUCUAAGGCCCAUUCCUUCAUCUGUGCUAUUCUUUUACUAGACAAUACUGCCGCAUGGUGGACGAUUGUUGGAGUGCACUCAUUUACAACACUUCUUUAAAAAGCAUAUGGAAAGAGGAAUUAUUUGACCUAAAGAUUUUGCCCCCAAAUUUUGCCCCCUGUUGACUGAGGACUAAAAGAGGGGUACUAGGACAUGGAACAUUCUAAUACGUUCUUAAAUUUUAAUAAGUCUGCCAGGAUGUACUUUGAGAAAAAUGAGUUUUUGCCUUGAUGCUGGUGCAACAGGAUAACAAAUUUUCAAGAGAAGGAAACCAAUACUAGUCAAAUCUGGAUUUGACCCAGGAGGAACACAAAGCAUAGGUACAAGCAUCUUCAGUUUUCCACUCCAACUUUCACGUUACACACAAGCAGACCAACCGCACAUCUAUAUCUUAAAAAAAUAAAGUACAAAUGCAAGAGUUGCUCAUUCUUAAAAUUCAGGCAUGGCAUGCAGGAUAGAACUUGACUAUAUGUGUCUGGACCUGUUAUCUGGAGAUUAAGCGUAGUACCCACACAAAAAAAGACCUCCGAUGGUGAACACACAGGCAACAUAAUCUGUUCUAAGAUAAAACUUAAUCUCAGUGCAGAAUACAGACCUGAAAAGUUUGACACUAUACAGAUAAAUGGCAAUGUUUUUUUUUUCCAUUUUAUUAUUAAGGACCAUUUUUAUAUAGUAAGCUUUUAUUGAAUAUUAAUAACAGUAAAUUGGGUUAUGGGUUGUUUAUUACACAAUUCUAGAAAAUUGCAUUGGAUAUCAGACACCGGCUGGCUGAAGAUCAUUUUUAGAUAGAGAGUUGGCCCAGGCCCACGUCGUAUCAAACACUGUGGAUGCUACUUUGUGCAGAUUCUAUGCAUUUACGUUGUUGGAUCUUUCAUCAGACAUUUCGCAGACGGUCAGAAUGUGACAUCUGUAGACUUAUUAAAAAAAAAAAGCAUACCAGUAAGUAAAGCAAUGCAAAAGACUCUCCCUCAGCUCUUCCUUCAUCACUGGUUUAUCCCAGUAUUUUUAUCCACAGUGUAUGUUGUGACUAUGUGAUAUGCCUACAUUGAACAUUUGUAAUUUAAAAAAGCCUUCCAUUGUAAGAUGGAGCUAAAACAAGAAUAAAUGAAAAAAGAAAGAAAAAAAAAA